AUGCUAUGCAAAACGUUCUUUGCUGCCACUGCCGUCACUCUCAUGAGCAUCGGUAGUGCUCUAGCGGCUCCUGCGACGACGAUCAACUCACAGUGUCCUUUCACUUACUACACCACGAUCACCGAGACGUUGUCUAUCAUCGCGCCGACCACCACGGGCCCAUUCGAGACCACCACGAUCACCGCGCAGGAGGUCAGCUACCCGUUGGCCACCGAGACAAUAACCGAGAUAGAUACGUUCUCCGGCACGAUUUGGGUGGGGUAUCCGACGUACACGCCGACAACGACCUUUUUCACGUCCACGUACACUGAAACGUACGUCUACACGAACUAUUACGGAGAGCCUCCGUGGCCCACCGAAUGCUCGCAGUAA